GUGUUUAAUUUUGGUGUUUUCCAUCAUAAGAAGGAGAUUCUGGGAUUAUGGCCGCAUUGCCCUGGUGUCAGAAGCAGACAGGCCGGUGCCAGAAGUGCCGUUGGCUUCAGGCCGUGGAGGAAAUCUAGCUGCUUGCACACGUAGGGCUUUCGUCAGCAGCUGAGAAGGAUGCCGAUGGCUUUCUCACCUUGAACGUCUUCAAGUGUCUCUUCUUGGAAAUGAGCUAGUUUGGGGCUGGGGGCGAGGCAAGGCGGGUGAGGGGAGCUGCCCCUGUCCUCGCUCGGGGUCGGUGUGGGCUGGUGGCCCUCGCUCAGCCAGCGUCGGGGAGUCUGCCGAGCAGGGCCCCCCUUGGCCAGACCCCCCACCUCAGGCCCUGACGGCUCAUGACACCUGAAGGGGGGGUCGGAGUCUAGGCCUGCGCCCUGGCAUCUCCAACCCCAGCUGUUGCCACACGCCAGGAUCUUGCGUCAGGUGCAGAAUAGGAAGCCACAGGGGAAACGCAAGUGUGCCGGGCCACCCUGCCCCCCAGGGCCUCCUCGGGCGACCCCCGCCGCUCUUGCUCCAUGGGCCGUGUUGAAACGUGGUCUGUGCGGCAGGGGCGCGGCGUGUUCGAGCACCUUCCUUCCUUGCAGCCUCAGUGCCAGCAUUUGCGAAAGCAAAGCCAUAAAAUAGUUACGUCCCUUACAAGUGGUGGUGUCGUAGAUUGGACAAAAUGCAGCAUUUGUUCCAAGUUUUAUUUAACACAUUGGGAAGCAGAUCGCAUACGUCGACGCUCUGAAGUUCCAUUAGGUGGACCCAUGGGCAUUGCGGCCCUGAGGCCCCAGGGCGCGGGGCACAGGGGCGGUGCUCAUGCCCGAGCCCUCGUCACUCACCCCUGUGAGGCAGAGUUUCACGUCUCACAUGCCCAGGUGUGGGCAUCCGCACAUUUCGUGGGCCAAGUUGUAUCUUGUGCCAGACCUUGAGGCAGGCUUGUAGCUUUGGUCUGGGAUGUCAGGUGUAGACUUUUCUGUCAUUCUUCCCUUUUGUGUUUCUAGUGAGUCCAGAUUCCAGAGAUUGUCGUCAUCUUCCUCUUUCGGGCAACAAGAUUUUGAAAGCGAGCUGGGAUGCUGCCCCUGGCUGACUGCCAUCUUCCGCCUACACGAUGACCAGAUCCUGGAGUGGUGUGGGGAGGACGCCAUCCACUACCUGUCCUUCCAGAGACACAUCAUCUUCCUGCUGGUGGUGGUCAGCUGCUUGUCCCUGUGCAUCAUCCUGCCUGUCAACCUCUCGGGUGACCUCCUGGACAAAGACCCUUACAGCUUUGGGAGGACGACGAUAGCAAACCUGCAGAACGACAAUGACCUUCUCUGGCUGCAUACCGUUUUCGCUGUCCUCUACCUCAUCCUCACCGUGGGCUUCAUGCGGCAUCACACGCAGUCCAUCCGGUACAAGGAGGAGAGCCUGGUGAGGCGGACCCUGUUCAUCACGGGCCUCCCCAGAGACACCAAGAAGGAGAGUGUGGAGAGCCACUUCCGGGACGCGUACCCCACGUGUGAGCUGUUGGACGUCCAGCUGUGCUACAACGUGGCCAGGCUGCUACACCUGUGCAAGGAGAGGAAGAAGGCAGAGAAGAGUCUGAGCUAUUACACGAACCUGCGGGCGAAGACAGGCCAGUGGACCCUCAUCAACCCCAAGCCCUGCGGCCAGUUCUGCUUCUGUGAAGUGCCGGGGUGUGAGUGGGAGGACGCCAUCGCUUACUACACGCGCUUGAAGGACCGGCUGACCGAGAGGAUCGCCGAGGAGCAGUGCUGGGUCCAGGAGCGGCCGCUGGGGAUGGCUUUUGUCACCUUCCAGGAGAAGUCCAUGGCCACCUACAUCCUGAAAGACUUCAAUGCCUGCAAGUGUCAGAGCCUGCGGUGGAAAGGUGAGCCCCAGCCGUCCUCCAGCAGCAGGGAGCUCCGCACCUCCAAAUGGACAGUGGCCUUUGCCACUUACCCCGAGGACAUCUGCUGGAAGAACCUCUCCAUCCAGGGCUUCCGCUGGUGGUUCCAGUGGCUGGGCAUCAACUUCACUCUCUUCGUGGGGCUGUUUUUCCUGACCACGCCCUCCAUCAUCCUGUCCACCAUAGACAAGUUCAAUGUCACCAAACCCAUCCACGAGCUGAACGACCCCAUCAUCAGCCAGUUCUUCCCGACCCUCCUGCUGUGGUCCUUCUCGGCCCUGCUGCCCACCAUUGUGUACUACUCCACGCUGCUGGAGUCUCACUGGACCAAGUCAGGAGAAAACCGGAUCAUGAUGUCAAAAGUCUACAUAUUCUUGAUCUUCAUGGUGCUGAUCCUGCCCUCCCUCGGCCUCACCAGUCUGGAUUUUUUCUUCCGGUGGCUCUUUGACAAAACUUCCUCAGAAGCCUACAUCAGGCUGGAGUGCGUCUUCCUGCCCGACCAGGGCGCCUUCUUUGUGAACUACGUCAUUGCCUCGGCCUUCAUCGGCAACGGGAUGGAGCUGGUCCGGCUGCCGGGCCUGGUGCUCUACACCUUCCGCAUGUUCAUGGCCAAGACAGCGGCUGACCGCAGGAACAUCAAGCAGAACCAGGCGUUCCAGUAUGAGUUCGGGGCCAUGUACGCAUGGAUGCUGUGUGUCUUCACCGUCAUCAUGGCCUACAGCAUCACCUGCCCCAUCAUCGCACCCUUCGGCCUCAUCUACAUCCUGCUCAAGCACAUGGUGGACCGGCACAACCUCUACUUCGCCUACCUCCCGGCCAAGCUGGAGAAGAGGAUCCACUUGGCGGCCGUGAACCAGGCCUUGGCUGCUCCCAUCCUGUGCCUCUUCUGGCUCUGUUUCUUCUCCUUCCUGCGCCUGGGUCUGAAGGCCCCCCUCACCCUGUUCACCCUCCUGGUCGUGCUGCUCACCAUCCUGGUCUGCGUGGCCUACACCUGCUUUGGAUGCUUCAGGCACCUCAGCCCGCUGAACUACAAGAUGGAGGACUCGGGGAGCGACAGAGGAAGUGAGGCAGACGCCCCCCGGCCGGCACCCUUCACGCCCUACGUGCCCCGGAUUCUGCAGGGCUUGUCCUCGGAGAGAACUGCCCUGUCCCCACAGCGGCGGCAGACCUACGGCGCCAUCCACAGCAUCAGCGGGACCGUCCCAGGGCCGUACCCGGCCCGGGGCCCUGGGGCCAGUGACAGUGGGCCGCCCGCCUACCAGGAGGCCUGAGGGCGGCCGGGCCAGGCCCGGAGCCAGGAGAGGAGAGCCAGGCGGAAAAGUGGCCUGACUCAGGCCCCACCUGUUUUAAGCACAGCUGCUCUCAAGAGAUGGAACUGGAAAGGUGCGCCUGCCCUUGGCCGAGGAGGACGGGCCAGGACGACCAUCGGGUGGUGAGCACUGGCCUUUUCGGCCGAGCAGCUCUGUGCUCCCGCUCGCUUGCCGGGGGCCCGGCAUUUCCAGGUCCCCCUCCUGCACAAAUGUCCAGCCGUCCCUGGGGUUUUAGCAGCAUCAUGUGUUGGAGUUGUGCACCCACAGCUCUGUUUGCUGUGGUGAUGGUGCCAGGUACGGGGGAGAGGGGAGAAUGCAGGAGCCCCCUGGAGCCCCCAGCUCGAGGCGCACACUCAACCAGUGCAUAACCAAAGAGCCUGCGGCCAUCCAGGCUGGAUGGGGUCCAGAUGAGGCUGGGGGUUCAUGCCGGCUCCCCUCUCUGAAUCCAGCCCUCCCCCUCUGGUCCCGGGAGUCCGCUGCGGGAGCAGGAAGGCUGUGGGCCAGUCCGGGUUGGGUGGGCUGCGAUCUUGGCUGGAAGGGCAGGUGGCCCCGUCCUUUUCCUCCCUGCGGGGGCGGGAACUGCAGCCUCCCACGGCCUCCAGGGGCAAGGGGGCGGUGUGCGUGGGGGCCCACCCCGCAGGGGCCGUGUGUGGCCCAGCCCCCGCCACCCCGCUGCCCAGGACACGGGGAGGGGGUGGAGUGUCCUGGAGCCAGCAGGGUCCCCUCUUAGCCUAGACCGCCGACCGGCCAGGUGUACUGGGGGGGCCCCAUGUCACCUGGUUCCAGCCACUCUUAGAAUAAAAUCAUUUAUUACCCCUG